UCCUAUUGGUCCACCAUCUGCCGGAUGGCUGCUGCUGCUCGAUAGCUAGCUUAGCUGGCUGGCUAUAUCUCUGUUCAACAAGAUCAUAAACUGGUAUAAAUGCAGGCAUUAUAAUGAUUUGGGCCGAGGAAUAGGAAUCCCUCCUUUUUGGUGGUUUACCACGGUCGGACGUAGUGAUGGACUUUCGUAGCGGCAGAAGGAAAGGAGAAGAGGGCAUUGCUGUGGUGAUCGACUUCUUGCUAACUAACGCCCGAUUAGUUUUAGGAGUCGGCGGUGCUGCGCUGUUGGGAAUCGCUACGCUUGUAGUCAAACGGCUGAUUGAACGUGCUGGCCGUGCCUCAGAGGAUGAGAAGGUGGAGCAGAAGAUGGUGGAAAGCUGGGAAGAGCUAGCCUCUGCCUCCCCUACGCUGAUCGGAAAGAGCCUAGAAGGCGUUGUCAUGAAAGAGGUUGCCAAGGCAGCCAAACAGCAGCGAGCCGAUCUUUGCGAGAAAUCUAGUCUGGAUAUUCAACCCAAAUCGGAUGUCAAACCCAAGAAACUCCAGUUAUGUGCCCUCACUCUACAGGAGCGCUUGCUGCAGUUCUACUACACGCGAGCACAGCUGAGUCCAGUGGAGGUGCGCAGGGUUCAAUCCCUGGCUCUGGACAUCUGCACGGAGAUCCAGGGCUUCCUCCACACCCGCCACCCUGACAUGCCUCUGGGGGAGAUGAGCCUGGGAGGCUCCUUGCUGGACGACCUGGAGGUGGUGAGGGCAGACCACGCAUGCCUGCUGGUGCCCCUACAAGUGGAGGCGUCACUGUGGCGUCUCAUCCCCGGAGAGGAGACCCUUCUGACCCAUCCGCUGCACUGGAUGGUCCGACGGAUCAACCUGGAGUACUUCCCCCGUGGGCGGAGCUACUGGGACAGGUUCCUGGUCGGGGGCUACUUGUCCUCCGAAGCUCUGGUGAACAUGUUAAGCAAGACCGUCAUGGAAACCAUGAACUGGCCGUCCAUCAGCAGCCAUCUGGACUGCCUGGUCAGGCCAGUGCUGGGAGGACCAGAACUUAGCCUUGAGAUACGGCCUGAGGAUCCAGAGGGAGGAGGAAAAGGCAGCGGUACGCCUCCUCUCUUCAUUUCCAUGAUACCGGUCCUGAGGGAGGAAGACGUGGUCCUGACCGGCCAGCCGCAGCUCACCACUCCCUGGGUCAACGCCUGGCACCUCUCCCUCUACCCGUGGGAGACCCGGCGCCUGGCUCAGCUCGACGAGUCUGACAGCGGCUGUCGCAGGAACGUCCUCAAGACCCUCAAGGCGGUGUGCAAGCUGAACCCCGCCCUCAGGCCCAUGCCCUCCGCCCCAUUGGCCAAUCUCAUCCUCCACCUCAGCGAACGGGAGAGUGAUUGGUCGGAUGGCAGCCUGGAAGUGCGCUUUCAGCAGUGCAUCACGGAGCUGAUUGGUUAUCUGGAGCAAGGCGCGCUGCACAGUUACUUCAAGCCAGUGGUCAAUCUGCUGGGCAGCCUGUCGGAAGACCAGGUUGACCAGAUGGGCUUCAUGCUCUACUGUGCUAUGUCUGAGCCUGAAAUACUGCUCAUAUAGCAUCUGCAGGGACACAUGCACACCUUUCACACAUUGGAAAAGAUCUGAACUCAAUCUGACAACUGCAGUCAGAAAGAUGUGCUGAAAGAUUGACUUUUUUUAAAUGACUGUUUGAUCAAGGUAUUGUAGACUGAAGAUUUGACCGUUGCACUGGUGUUUUCCCCUCCCUACAUCAAUCACAAGAACCUAAACCCUCACAACAAGAUUGAAAGAUGACUAGUGUCACAAGUUCACCUUCAAGCUCCCAGCAGUAUAAAGAGAGAAAAGGUCACUUCAUACCUGUUGGAAACAUGUUAGCCUGAUUCAAACUUCUCCAAUGAUGGCAGUAAUGGUGAAGGUGAAAGCGUUGGGAAGUGUUUGUAUGAAAUACAACUGGUACAUUUGAAAGACAUAUAUAGUAAAAGCUAUUGAAUGUAAUGGCGAAUGGGGCACUUGUGAAACUAUUUGCUUGUAAACAAACCCCUCUCAACCUCUACAAUGAGACAAGUGUGAAAUAGUGACUCCUUUAUGUACAACAUGAUGAAAUUCAUUUAUGUGCCAAUCAUUAUACGUCUGAACGAAUAGUACAACAUUGUUUCAGGCUAUGUUCAGUGCGACUAUACAAGGUUACUUACAGGCUAUAUGUCCAGUGCUGUACAAACAGGGUUUCAGUCUAUGGUCAAGGCUAGAAAAACAAAGUUUUAGGCUAUGUUCAGUGCUACUAGAACAAGGUUUCAAGCCAUGUUCAGUGCUAGCAGUACAAGGUUUUAGCCUAUGUGCAGUGCUAAUAGUACAAAGUUUCAGGCUAGGUUCAGUGCCAGCAGAAUAAGGUUUCGGGCUAUGUUUAGUGCUAGCAGGGUGAGGUUUAAUGCAAUGUUCAUUGCUAGCAGAACAAGGUUGCAGGGCUUCACGCAAAGUUCAAUGCCAAGUCUGUAUGUAUGGGCUGUCUGGGUGGAAAGUAUCACCCCUCAGCGCAGAAUCCUAUGUCGCCGUGAUUUCAAAUGUAAAAAAAGAAAACGCCAACCACAUGGCAGCUGCGGCCUCCUCUAUAAGCAGUUCAUUCAUUUCAUUGAAACGAAUCCUUAUUAUAUUUAUCUAAUGUUAUCUAUCAUGAAUGGAGGUGAAAUGUAGUGCAAUAUUUUUUUAGCACAUUCGUCUCGAGUUGUUGCAAUUUCAUAUGGCUGCUUAGUAAUUCAGUACGAGUGCAUAAUAUUUUGAAUUGUGUAUGGUGAGUUGGAGAAGGUUGUACUUCCGCUAUUUGAAUGAGAAAAAUAAAGUUAUGCACUUCAUCACCAAUCA